AUGAUAAUAGACCCGUCUGCACCCAAUGCUUCACCAAAACGCAAUAAUGAGGAAAUCGUCCAAUUUUGGCAGGUGAUGGAGGAUACCUUGGAUUGUCCGGAUGUCGAAAACACCGCAGACGUAAAUUCGAGACUGGUUACAUAUCUGAAAACCUCCACAGACUCUUACAAGGAUUUUAUAAACUCAGACAAGGAUAUUUAUAGGAUGGCGCUCACAUUUGUCGAAUCCCAGAUGUUCAAUUUAAAGAGGCAUUUUUGUUUGGGGAAACUGCUUUCCCUGCUGAAUAUCGAUCUUUUGGAGAUGAACAUGAAAUUCAUUAUCAGUUACAUUUUGCUAUUUGAAUGCAAGAGGAAUUUGUCAUCCCUAGACGUUAUUCUCGACCACCAAGGGUUCAACGUCAUAUACAACACCCUUUACACGCAAUUUGCAUACUUGAAGAUAUAUGGGGGUGGUACUGAUAUCCAUGUAGGACAGGCGGACCCCAAUAAGCUGUCGCGGGAUAUAGCCGAGCUGGAUUUGGUAAUAUUCGACGAGAUGGAGCAAAUAUCGACGGUGCUGAUGGAUAUCCUGUUUCAAAUAUUCAAAUACUGCAAAUGCUGCUUAAAGAACGUCGAACUACUGGACGAUUUUUUUAUUCACUACCUGAUAGUAUCCAUCAGAUCGGAUACGCUUGAUGACUUGUUCAACAACGCAAAAUUCAAGCUGGUACUGGCGAUAAAUGAGCAGUACAUGAUUUUGGAGAAAUCCGUUCCAAACAAGAUCGGGAAGUAUCUGGUUCACAACUCGAUAGCAAGCAAUUUCAUAGAACUUCUGCUGCUGAAAUUUAACCGAAUCAAGGACGCCUCGUUGCAGAUUAUGAUGUGCAAAAUCUUGUACCAUAUUUUGACCACAAAUAACAAAGACACUGUGGAGCAUGUAUUUUACCUCAACGACCUGAACGUGUUUGUAGAUGUGCUUAUCAGAGAAUUGCAAGACAUAUCGGAGCAAGAGGAGGUGCUUAGAAAUAUAUUUUUGAGAGUACUUGCUCCAUUGUUAAAGAACUCUCAACUUGCAGACACCCACUAUCGAGCUGCUGAUCUGAACAAUUUAUUAAACUAUCUGUCCGUCUCGGAUAAUAUUUGUUCUAGUGGUAAUGUGUUGUCGGAGCACGAUACAACUGUUAAAUUGGCCCGCAAAUGUCUAACGGAUGUCCCUUGGUUAAACACUUAUACUCCCAAUGAAGCAGAUUUGGGUUCUCGUAACAACAGUGGGAAGUCCAGCAGAGCAUCUAGCAUUACGGCAAUGGCAAUGUCAUUUCCUGAAUCGAAUGUAUUAUCAUCACCUUCAUCCUCACUGUCAUUGAAUGCAUCAAUUAAUAACCAGCCCCAUAGGGGUUCCGUCGUUUCUAAUCAGCAGUCCCUAUACAGUGGGGCUGAUAUAUCUGCCGAGUCGCUGGGAACCCGAAAGACGAAACCUUUACCGCCACCACCUGUCCCGCCGUCUAGAAAAUUUCAUAAUUCCAAUUCUAGAAAAAAUGCAACGUCACAUCUCACAGGUGUCUAUUCUACUAGAACUUUGUAA